ACGCAUCGUUAAUAAAAGAAGAGCGUGACGUUAAAUGACUUUGACAGUAACAUAAAAUGACACCAAUAUUUUGAUAAGAUAAUAUAGUGAAAAUUAAACGAUAUGAUGCAAUUCAUGUUAUUGUUUAGCCGACAAGGCAAACUUAGGUUACAAAAAUGGUACGUGGCGCAUCCCGAUAAAUUGAAGAAAAAAAUAACACGAGAAUUGAUCACCACUAUUUUAGCGAGAAAACCGAAGAUGUGCAGUUUUUUAGAAUGGCGAGAACUGAAAGUCGUAUAUAAAAGAUACGCCAGUUUAUAUUUUUGUUGCGCUAUCGAGCAAUGCGACAACGAACUAUUAACUUUGGAAAUAAUACAUCGUUACGUCGAAUUACUCGAUAAAUAUUUCGGUAGCGUUUGCGAAUUGGACAUUAUAUUUAACUUUGAGAAAGCUUAUUUCAUAUUGGACGAGCUUAUGUUGGGUGGAGAAGUACAGGAGACGAGCAAGAAGAACGUAUUGAAAGCCAUCGCAGCCCAGGAUCUUUUACAAGAGGAGGAAACGCCCCAGGGAUUUUUCGAUGAUCACGGUCUUGGUUAAAUGACCUACUCGUCGAGAAUAUUUUAUCUAUUAGCCCGAAUAAAUUUCUCUAAUAUCACUUUUUUUUCGUAAUUUUUCGAUUUCAUUUUAAUACCACCACCCUGUAUGUUGUUAUUUCGAAAAACAUAAUUUUUUUUAAAUAAAUUGAAAAAUACUCACUGUAAACAACUUUCUUAUAUCCCCCUGUAUGUAUAUCCCGAAGAAAUUCCUGCAUUACCAUUUUUUCUUAGUAAUUUUUCGAUUUCAUUUUAGUACCACCACCCUGUAUGUUGUUAUUUCGAAAAACAUAAUUUUUUUUAAAUAAAUUGAAAAAUACUCACUGUAAACAACUUUCUUAUAUCCCCCUGUAUGUAUAUCCCGAAGAAAUUCCUGCAUUACCAUUUUUUCUUAGUAAUUUUUCGAUUUCAUUUUAGUACCACCACCCUGUAUGUUGUUAUUUCGAAAAACAUAAUUUUUUUUUAAAUAAAUUGAAAAAUAUUCGCUGUAAACAACUUUCUUAUAUUCCCCUGUAUGUAUAUCCCGAAUAAAUUCCUUCAAUAUCAUUUUUUUUUCGUAAUUUUUCGAAUCCAAUUUAGUACCACCACCCUAUAUGUUGUUACUACGAAGAACAUAUUUUUUUAAAUAAAUUGAAAAAUACUCGCUGUAAACAACUUUCUUAUAUCCCCCUGUAUGUAUAUCCCGAAGAAAUUCCUGCAUUACCAUUUUUUCUUAGUAAUUUUUCGAUUUCAUUUUAGUACCACCAUCCUGUAUGUUGUUAUUUCGAAAAACAUAAUUUUUUUUUAAAUAAAUUGAAAAAUAUUCGCUGUAAA